AAUCCCAUUUUUGACAGUUUUCAGGGCUUCCCCCCAUACCAGGCCUCAUCGCAACUACUUCCCUUGCACCUGAAAUUAAUCAGGUGGUUCCCACGAGAUAAGAUAAUGGCCACCAAACCCAAGGUAGUUCAUAAACUCCCUACAGAGGGCUGAGUGCUCCCCCGUCACUCUGCGCUGGCGUGUCUCGACGUAGAAAGAUAACGACCCUCACCAUUAUCCAGCGACGUCAUAGCAUCAGGAUAUGUCACAUAAAUACGGGUAAUAGUUGAAGAUGUCACAAUAUUGUGAUUCAGGUAAUUUACAGCGUCACACACCAGUGACCAUGGCCUUGAUGUUUUUAAAAAGAUCCUGUUUCCUUUUAAAGGUAUGUCGAAACUUCCCUGUGCACCAGGAAAAGUGACAUGAUUUAAAACAAAAUGGAUACCACAACAUAUGACAAAGACAGCGAUGUUCUAAUCACCAAAAUGCGGCAUAUAUCAAGUUAUCCAGAAGACUAUCCGUCGUGGCUUUAUCCUGCCGUUGGCGCUGCCACGGGAGUUUUGUUGAUAUUUUGCAUCGGAAUUUGCGUCUGGAAGAUUUUGCUCAGCAGAAAAAGUUCACAGGCAAAACUUUCCAUAGCGAAUGCCUUUCGUCCGGGUGUGAACAGAAAUCCCAUCGACUUCAUAGUGCCCAUUUCUCCGACUUUCUCUGACUCUGACCUGGAGUCCGGGGCGCAAGUGGAACCAUCUAGACUGGCACAGCGUCGAUUCAGUCUUGCUGGCAGGGCACUUAAUCUGUCACAAGAAGUGAUUUCAGAAGAAGAAAGACGCUCUAGCCAGGAGACGGAUUAUAACAAUCCUGUACCUCAGAAACCUAUUGUUGCUGCAUUAGCGGGCAGACGCCAGAGUGGCAUUAACUUGGAAAACUACCUAGGUCAUCGCAGAGCCAGUUCCACGGGGCUUGGCGGAGGUAGUUCAACGCCUGGUUCGGCGCCCGGCCCGCAAACCCCACGCCAGUACAUGCGACGGGGUAGCUCAAGUGGGUUUCUACCCAGACGAGGCAGCAUGAGCACGUUUGAAAUACAGCCUGAUGAACUGGCUGUGCAUUUGUAUAACCCAGGAUCCGACAGUGCUGAUGAAUACCACAUGACUCCUACUUCUGCUCUUGGUAAAGUGUGCUUUUCCCUGGCGUACGACCGAAGUAUAGAAAGACUAAGUGUUGAGUUGAUUCGCGCCGUCCAUCUUUCUUGUAAACAGCUAAAAGAAACAGCUGAUCCAUACGUAAAACUAUUCUUACUCCCAGACAAAAAGCCAAAGUUUAUAUCUAAAAUAAAACGGGGAACCACCAGUCCAAUAUUUGAGGAAACUUUUUAUUUCUUUAUAAAGCCAGACGAUAUCAAAUCCCGCACGCUCCGGAUGGUCGUCUGCGACUAUGACAGGUUUUCCCGCCAAGUAGUGAUCGGUUAUAUAUCGUUCCCGUUGAAAGAUGUUGACCUGUUGGCAGUUGACAAAACAGACGACAUUUGGAGAGAAGUUACAGAAGACAUACCGCGUCAGCUGUAUCGAGGUGAAGUCCUGCUAACCCUAUGUUUCGACUCGCACGUCGGUUCCCUAACAGUUGGGAUCAUUAAGGCGAAAGAACUGCAGCCGCCAGAGGCAGAGAGAGAAACAGCGGGAACGUACUUCAAAGUUUCUCUCACGGUAGCAGAAAGAGUCAUCAAGGCCAAAAGAACCAAAACGCACCGUAAAACGCACAACCCGGUCUUUAACGAAGAGUUCGUUAUGACCGUCCAGCCGUCACUGGUCAACCAGGUCAGCAUCAUGGUCUGUGCGUGCACGAGGAGUGGACUAGGCAGCUCGCGCCUGAUAGGAAAGACGCUGGUUGGUCCCUUCAUGUACGCCACGGGACAGGGGUUUGAGCACUGGCGAGACAUGCUGUCUUCACCGAGAACCCCAGUGGCAAAAUGGCACGUGCUGUCAUAAUAAUUUUAAAGGAUUUACCGUUAUUACAACGUUACUUAUUGCUUGUGUUCACUAGCAGCUUUGAACAUAUUUAAUACACACCAUUCUGUACGUACGGAAUGCCAGGGUAUAACGUACACUUUCAUAUUGGAAGCGGCUACAUAGAUUCAGUGUCCCAGUAUUAUCUUGCCUACAUGACCCUACCAGUUAUUAGUACAUCUGGGACAGAACGGAGUUUUCGUCAUUCUGUUAUUUUUCAAGGCCUGAUGUCAGGGCCUACAUAUCCCCAGCUAGAUUCAACAAAGUCUUUCCACCUUCACCGUGUCAUAUAUUCAAGCACGCCAUGCAAACUUUAUUAAGUACAAGGUGGUAAUAAUUGAGGCAGAGUAGCACUUGAAAACAAGGUAUCAAAGCUGUAAAAUGCACAGACUAAAAUCAGUAAACGGAACUGGUAAUUAUUAGAAAGCACCAGGUGAAAUAUUAACAAUAAUCCUGCGAAUUUAAGGAUAAUAUAAUCUGCAUAAAAUUAAUGCUUUGGAGAAUGAUUUAUAAACUGUGUCUUUAUCUUCUGCUGUAUUACAGCAAACAGGAGAAGCAAAGCUGUCAAAUGGACAGGCAUACAUAUGUCAAAGGGUCAAUCACAUAAAAAAGUUUAACUAGGAAAUGGCAAAAGGAUAGACAGAAACAUUGCAAAGACCCGAAGCCGGAGAAGUUUGGUACUGUAACGUUAUAAUUAGUAGAGAAAGAGAUAGAAAAAGGAGUUCAAAAGAAAGUAAAAAUGAAAGAAAAAAUGGACAAUUGCACUUUGCGUGA